UUUGUCCCGUUUCUGAGUGGGCCACCGGCUAAAGUACAGCCUAGAAUAAUUGAGACUUUGAUGUUAUUUAUCAUUUUCGUAGAAUUAGAAAGGGGAUUGGAAGGUGUUGAAAGCGGCCUUUUAAGUGAUUUUAAAUUUGCGGACAAAAAUUUAUGUUUGCGGAUUUUAAGUUUAAAAAUUUAUUUUUUCAAAAUUCAUUUUGCUCAUUUUUUUAAUUUUCUAGUCUUUUCUUCUGUCUAAUUCGUGAUGGUUAUGAACGCCGUGAAACAAUGAAAAAUCAAUUUGAACAAGCUUUUAAUUCAUUUCGCUUUCUUCGUGGUUUGCCCUUUGCAAUUGAACAAAGUAAUCGCUUCUCUGAUUCUUCUGUUUAUUCUGACAGACAUAGCAUGACAAAUUCUGAAGUUUUGGAUCCUCUACUUGAACAGGUUUUUUUUGACAAAAUAAUUUUUUUAACCAAGAAACAGAUGCUCGAUAACGUUAUGAGGGAUUAUAUUGAUUCUUGGUACAAUACACAAUUGACAUCUGACAAAUUAUUUAGAGAAUCAUUGAAGAGAACGGCGAGAAGGACGAUUAUUGCUUUGAGAACGUGGUUGGUUUAUUUUUUAGAAAAUAAUGUAAGAGUAUUUGGUGGGUUAUUUUUAAGGUUGAGUAAGGUGUUGUUGGGUUUUUGUGAUGGGGAAUCUGAAGGGUUCGAGACUUCUGUUUGA